GUUAAUACACUUAAAAUUCCAGUUAUGGACAACAAAAACAAAGAAAUUUCAAGUUUUUCAACUUCGAAUCUCUUGUCAUCAGUUUCUGGCAUCGUAGUGAUGUGAAAUAUGAGCGGGAGUUUACUCAGGGUGAUUAUUUUGACUUUAUUUUGUAUUUGAGCUGUACGUCUUGGACGCGGCGUCCGUCAAAAAUAGGCGAGGCCCCUAUCUUUAGCGAAGCGGCGCGUCGAGCCGCUUCUGGGACGCUUCUCAAACGCACCGCGGCGCGGCUGGUGUAAACACGAGCAUUGACUAGAGUGGCCGCGUAUCAGCUCCGGUAGCCGCGUCGCAGCCGUAAGGGCCGUUACAUAGUCAACGCGAGAAACGCGGGCGCGCGACGCGCUCCCUUUCAUAGUCUAAACAGUGGACGCAAGCGUCACAGGCGAUGCGUGUAUGCAAUACACCGCUCACGCAACAGGGGGUAGUAGAGUCGGGUGAUAUUAAUAGAGUCGGGUCACGUGAUAUUCAGAUCAAAAUGGCAACUGAAGAGGAGUGUAUUCUGUUGCUGAUUUUACAUCGGCGGCAACAAAGGCAACGCAGAGAUAGACGGUGGUAUGUUCGCCCUUUAAAUCAAAAAAGAGAUCAGGAUGGGGAGUUUGUGUCUCUGGUGCUUCCCAUGCAAAGCCUGGAUGAGGAGAGACAUUUCCAGUAUUUUAGGAUGUCGGCGCCAAAAUUUGAUGAAUUGCUUUCACAAGUCAUCCGCUUUCUCCCGGACACUCACCAAAAUCACCGCAACCCGAUUGGAGCUUCGCAAAGGCUUGCAGUGACUUUGCGGUACCUCACAACAGGCAUCAGCCUGCAGGCACUCUCUGCCAGCUACAAAAUGGGCACCAGCACUGUUUCGGGCAUUGUAGAGGAGAUGUGUUGUGCCAUCUGGGAUGCCCUUCAGGGGGAGUACAUGGCCUUUCCUUCGAGCAGUCAGUGGCAAGACAUAGCGGAGGACUUUUGGAGACAGUGGCAGUUUCCCCUAUGUGUCGGGGCGAUUGACGGGAAGCAUGUUCGCAUCAGAGCACCACCACAAUCAGGCAGCGACUUCUUCUACAAUUACAAAGGUUUUUUUUCUAUUAUCCUUAUGGCAGCUGCUGAUGCGAACUAUAGAUUUGUUUACGUCGAUGUUGGCGCAUUCGGGCGUGAGAGUGAUGGAGGUGUGUUGGGCCGCAGUGCGUUUGGAUCCAGACUGGCACAGGGCAGUCUCAAUCUACCUGCUCCUGCUGUCCUACCGGGCACCACAACGCCCAGUCCUUUUUUUUCCUGGGGGAUGAGGCAUUUCCCUUACAGGAGAACCUGA